ACAUGGGGACAAUUCAUCUCUUUCGAAAACCACAAAGAUCUUUUUUUGGCAAGAUAUUACAGGAAUUUAGACUUGUAGCAGCUGACCGAAGGUCCUGGAAGAUAUUGCUCUUUGGUGCAAUAAACUUAACAUGUACUGGCUUCCUGCUUAUGUGGUGCAGUUCCACUAACAGUAUAGCUUUAACUGCCUAUACUUACCUGACCAUUUUUGAUCUUUUUAGUUUAGUGACAUGUUUAAUAAGUUACUGGGUAAUGAUGAGGAAACCUAGCCCUGUCUAUUCAUUUGGAUUUGAAAGAUUAGAAGUCCUAGCUGUAUUUGCCUCCACAGUCUUGGCACAGUUGGGAGCUCUCUUUAUAUUAAAAGAAAGUGCAGAACGCUUUUUGGAGCAGCCUGAGAUACACACGGGAAGAUUAUUAGUUGGUACUCUUGUGGCUCUUUCUUUCAACCUGUUCACGAUGCUUUCUAUUCGGAAUAAACCUUUUGCUUAUGUCUCUGAAGCUGCUAGUACGAGUUGGCUUCAAGAGCAUGUUGCAGAUCUUAGUCGAAGCUUGUGUGGAAUUAUCCCAGGACUUAGCAGUAUCUUUCUUCCCCGAAUGAAUCCAUUUGUUUUGAUUGAUCUUGCUGGAGCAUUUGCUCUUUGUAUUACGUAUAUGCUAAUUGAAAUUAAUAAUUAUUUUGCUGUAGACACUGCCUCUGCCAUAGCCAUUGCUCUGAUGACGUUUGGCACUAUGUAUCCCAUGAGCGUGUACAGUGGGAAAGUAUUACUGCAGACCACACCACCCCAUGUUAUUGGUCAGUUGGACAAACUUAUCAGAGAGGUGUCUACCUUGGAUGGAGUUUUGGAAGUCCGAAAUGAGCAUUUUUGGACCCUAGGUUUUGGCUCACUGGCUGGAUCAGUGCAUGUAAGAAUUCGACGAGAUGCAAACGAACAAAUGGUUCUUGCUCAUGUGACCAACAGGCUGUACACUCUAGUGUCUACUCUGACUGUUCAAAUUUUCAAGGAUGAUUGGAUUAGACCUGCCUUACUGUCUGGGCCUGUUGCAGCCAAUGUUCUAAACUUUUCAGAUCAUCACAUAAUCCCAAUGCCUCCUUUAAAGGGUACUGAUGAUUUGAACCCUGUCACAUCAACUCCAGCUAAACCUAGUAGUCCACCUCCAGAAUUUUCAUUUAACACCCCUGGAAAAAAUGUGAGCCCGGUUAUUCUUCUAAACACACAAACAAGACCUUAUGGUUUGGGUCUUAAUCAUGGACACACACCUUAUAGCAGCAUGUUUAAUCAAGGACUUGGAGUUCCAGGAAUUGGAGCAACUCAAGGAUUCAGGACUGGUUUUACAAAUAUACCAAGUAGAUAUGGAACUAACAAUAGAAUUGGACAACCAAGACCAUGAUAUGCUCUAAUUUAAUUUAUUUUUAUCAGGAAUAUUGACUCCUUGACUUCCAAUUUAUUUAGUAAUCCAACUUUGCAUUGACUGUUCAAUCAUUUACUCUAACUGUUGGAGAAUGGUAGCCUUGUUCACAUUUCAUGAAACCAAUGAAACUAUAUUUUUGUAAAAUGUAUUUGGGGCAGUGAGAACCUUCUAAAUGUUAUAGGCUUUAAAUAGGCUUCCUUUAGAAAGUGUGUUUCUCUAAAUUUGAAUAUUGCUAUCUUUGGUUUUGUAGUUGACUGCAGUGUGAUAUGACAUUACCUUUGUAAGAGAGCCACUUGAUAGAGUAGGCCUGUCACAUUAAAAAUAUAAUAUUUUCUUCAGUGAAAUUUAUAAACAUGCUUCUUGAAUGAUGAUACAUAUUUUAGGAAAGGAAAAAAGUAUCCAUUCUAAAAGUAAAAGUCUCUUUUAUAGCUUUUCUCAUUUUUCUUUGAAGUCCUCCUGAAUUAUGUCUUGCCAAGUAAAAGCAAAAUUUUAUCAGAAAUUUUAGAACAUAUUGUACUAUCUAGCAUAAUUUAAAAAUUUUAGUUAUCAAUUUUUUAAUAGUUUUUCUCAUUAGAAAAUUUCAAUACCUUUGUAAAUAGUUCAUGGUUCUCAAAGUGUUUUCUUUUGGUUAUAUGAGUACCAAAUUCAUUGGUGACGUACAAUGAAAGAAUCCCC